AUGGCACAAUUUGCUAUGGGUCGGCUCUUCCGGCUGCAGGGCACCUCGCGCCAGUCGGUGACCUUUUCGCAAAAUCGCAGCUUUGCCUCGAAACCCGUUAUUCCUACAUUCACCCCCACUGCAUCCACCGAACUGAACCAGGCUCUUGAGCACUGGCGACAAGACCUCUUCAUCCCAUUCGGCCUCCCCAAACGACAGCGGACGAGCAUGUUCAAGGAGAAACAUGCUCGCAGACUGGAAGAGGAGCCUAUUACAGUGAAGAUUAGCGAGACCGAAGAGUACACUCUGCGACCCUUGAGCCCCUCCUCAAUGCCUAAGAGCAAGGAGGCCAUCAAUGUCUUCCGACUAAUGGAAGCCGCCAACGACUACAAGAACCUCGUGCCGUUCAUGACCGGAUUAUGGAGUGCGCAAAUGGCCAUCUCCCCUGCUCGGUGGCAGUACCUGAUUCGCAAGACCGGCAGCGCCGGUAAACUCUCUCUUAUCCUCGAAUGCGCCCGACGAGAAAACCAGACUGGCCUUUCGCUACAAAACAACUAUCACGCCGAGCGUUUAUUCUUUGAACUGCACUGCAUGGCCCACAAGGCUGACUACAAGGGAGAUCAGGUAAAAAAGGCUCUCAAGAUGGCAAUGGCGGCCGUGGACAUUAUGGACUCGUACGCCCCAAGCCCAGCCACAAACCCGAAAUACCAGCCGUAUGUCAUUGCAACACUGCUUGAGCUUAGUGCUGCGCGUGCUCUGGAUGAAGCUGCUGGCAAAGACCAGAACAACGAGGUGUUGAACUACGCACGGAAGCUUAUUGCUUCUUGGCCCUUGGGCGAAUUUAAGGCUAUUCCCAAGGACGAGUUCGACGUGGAGCUCGUGAAUCAACGUCUGAUGGGAUCAAUUGCGGCGUGCAAGGGAUUGCAGCUCAGUUUGUCGAUUCACGGUCUUGCUGUUGACAAGGCACUACAUUCAGCUGUCACAGCUCGUCUUGCUGAGGUGAAGAAGGCGAUCACAGCGCAACUCAAGGCGAUCCCCGAGGAGUCUUCCAGCAAGGUGCAUAGCGUUGAGUUUGCUCAGGCUGUGCUUCAGAAAUAA